AUGAUGAUUACUGAACAAGAAUCCAACACUAAUUGUUCUUCUUUGACAGAAAGGGUUGACAAAGCAUUGGACUUUUAUGGUGCAUUGUUCACUUGCUUGGAAUCUACUGUUUCAAAAACAGAAGUAGAGAGAAUCAUACUGGAGAGGACUCUACUUGGGGAGGAAAUAAAGAACAUUGUUGCAUGUGAAGGAGUUGAGAGAAAGGUGAGGCAUGAGAAACUUGAGACUUGGAUCCCAAGGCUUGAAUUGGCUGGUUUUGGGAGGGUACCUAUCAGCUAUGAAGGGAUAACGCAGGCAAAAAAACAGUUGCACAGGUAUGGAAAUGGAUAUAAGCUUCAUCAGGAGAAGAAUUGCUUGUUUGCUUGCUGGAAUGGUAAGCCACUCUUUUCUGUAUCAUCCUGGAAGCUUAGAUGA